AUGAGAAAACCUCUGCUCAUUCCCGGGAUUCUUUGCAUAGUAGCAGACUUCCUACCUGACAGCAAACCCCAGUGGGCAGCCCUUGCACUGGUUUGCAGACCCUGGAACAUAGUCUUCAGCUCGAUCCUCUACCGAUCACUCGAAUGGACAUCCUCCAUCAAAACCAGCCCUUCGGCUCAGGGGUUACGAUCCAAUUACCGGCAUGUGAGGAGGAUCAAGUUCCAGUCCAUUGCUGCACAACACCUUCCUUGGGUCUAUCUUCUCCAUGUAGGCAAUUUGAGAUCGAUUGAUUGCGAUUUGAGUCUGCAUCAAAUUACUGGCCCUGAAUAUAGAGUAGAUUGGGAUGGGUCUUUCGACAGCAAGGCUCGACACCUUCUGCUCCGCUAUAGCCAGCCAUUGAUGACACUGGUGGAACGGAACUCGAGAGUAUUGGAGGAAGUGGUGAUCACGUUUGAUGACGACCUCCUCUUACUGGACUCGUUUCUACAGCUCUUGGAUUCCUGUUGUACGAAGCUGAGGGUGCUCAAGAUCAACCACAAGUCGACUGUCAUAGAUAAACUUCUCCCGACAGACCUCCUUUUGAGAUUGUUUAAGAAAGUCGAGGUCCUGGAUAUGCCAAAUUACAUCCAUGUCGAUUUGGAAGCUCUUGCCGACAUAGAUGAAGAAGACGCAAAUAAGUGGCUUGAGGUUCAAUCGAAAAGAAUAGCAGUAUCUACAUCCACAUCUAUAUCCAAACCCACAUCCAUAUCAACGUCCAUGUUAGGACCCUCAUUAUUGCUUUUACAACAAAAAGAACAGCCACUACCACAACAGUUCUUCAAGCUGGAGUCACUCUCUAUUGGGGGACCAAAAUAUGAGGAUGCAGGCCAAAGUCCAGUUCGCAGCCCUUCUUCGCGACUGGAUUUCAUCCGUCGGUGCCCUAUGGUCAAAGCACUCGCUCUCUCUAGAGACCCAAGUUAUAUACCAGAUCAUACGGUGGAGGAGUUGCUCGACGUCUUGGUCAAGACCUGUACUCGGCUGGAAAGGCUCGAGCUUUUUUCGAGCGGAUUGACAGAUCAAGGAUUUGCAGAGGUCCUGAAUACUUGGGUUUUAAAACAACAAGUGCAACAGCGACAACAACAAGGAGAAUCUUCUUCUUCUUCAUCAUCAUCAUCAACAUCAUCGCCAUCUAAGCCCUGCUACCUUCAAGGGUUUGGGGCUCCAGAUUCGUCAUUUGGACGGGAUGGGGCUCGCGUGUUGUUGGACCACCAUAAACUGACGUUGACAUAUUUGAAUCUGAAAUACUGCAAAGAUUUUACAAGUGGAAUGGUUUUUGCAGUGCUUACAAGCUGUCCCAAUUUAGUCCAUUUUUAUGGUCAUACUUUAAUGCCAAAGUAUAUAACAUCAAAUGAUGAAAGGGAUCAAUACCAAGGUCAAGCUCAAAAUCAACGACAAGGUCAAGCAAUGCUCGCCAAGGAUGUGCUGCUACCAUCGCUACCCUUUAUUCUUCAAGAGUGGGUCUGCACUCGACUUGAAACAUUUGAUAUCCAAGUUGACCCAACUAUAACACGGCGUUAUACACCAUAUCAAGAUCAACGGCACAUGGAAGAGCUGAGGAAACAAUGGUCAACCUAUGUCUUGGAACAAUUGGGACGAUUGACACGAUUACGGAGAUUGGCGGUUGGACAAGCACACUGUAAAAGAUAUACUUACGUGAUGGGUCUCGAUUUCAAUCUCCCAAACGGAUUGGGCUUGUUAAAGGACUUGUGGCGACUCGAGUGCUUGGACAUGAGUGGACUGGUUCAACAAUUAGGACUGGAGGAUAUUCGAUGGAUGCUUCAACAUUGGCCCAAUCUCCAGUGGAUUGAGGGGGAUGUUCUCUUUCAGUAUGAAGAGAAAUUGUUGUUGGAAAAGGUACUUUGGAUGGAGGGAAGAGUCCGAUGUCGGGGUACAUGA